AGCCCACGUACGCAAGCUUAAAAACCGGUCCGUUCACCGCUCGUCCGCUCAUUCAGUCUCAACUCUGCCUUCCACAAUCAUUCAACAAGUGAAAGUUCUCGCGCCAAAGCAAACUACGUCGAAUGGAGUACAAAGUGACCUCUCCGGCGGUUCUCCGCGAACCCCUGGUCGUUCCGGACAAGCUGCUGAUGGGACCGGGUCCGUCAAACGCUCCCCAGCGAGUUCUGGACGCCAUGUCAAAGCCCAUUCUGGGCCAUCUGCACCCGGAGACGCUCAAGAUCAUGGACGACAUCAAGGAGGGCGUUCGGUACCUGUUCCAGACGACGAACGCAGCUACCUUCUGUUUGAGCGCGUCCGGCCACGGCGGUAUGGAGGCCACCCUGUGCAACCUGCUCGAGGAUGGUGACGUGGUUCUGAUUGGUCACACCGGACACUGGGGAGACCGAUCGGCGGAUAUGGCUACGCGGUACGGGGCCGAUGUGAGGACGGUCAAAUCGAAGGUCGGCCAGUCGCUCUCGUUAGACGACAUUCGCACGGCAUUGGUGCAGCACAAACCGUCGGUACUAUUCCUGACCCAGGGAGAUUCUUCGACGGGAGUCCUCCAGGGGCUGGAGGGCGUUGGAGCGCUAUGCCACGCCAACAACUGCUUGCUUAUUGUGGAUACGGUCGCGUCGCUGGGCGGAACCCCCUUCUUCAUGGACCGCUGGGAAGUGGACGCCGUUUACACCGGUUCGCAGAAAGUGCUCGGAGCACCGCCGGGCAUUACGCCAAUGUCGUUCAGCCAUCGAGCCGUGGAACGCUUCAAAAGCCGUAACACGAAGGUCAAGGUGUACUACUGGGACAUGGCGCUGGUCGGCGAUUACUGGGGAUGCUUCGGACGACCACGCAUCUAUCACCACACCAUUUCGGCCACCCUACUGUACGGCCUGCGCGAAGCCAUCGCUCUAGCUUGUGAGGAAAGCUUGCCGACGUUGAUCGCCCGCCACCAGGACUGUGCACAGCGGUUGUACCGUGGACUGGAAGCGGCUGGCUUCGAGUUGUAUGCCAAUUCGAAGGACCGGCUGGCUACCGUAACCACCAUCAAGGUACCCCAGGGGGUCGAUUGGCUCAAGGUGGCGCAGUACGCGAUGAAGACUUAUAUGGUGGAGAUCAGUGGAGGUUUGGGACCUACCGCUGGGCAGGUAUUCCGGAUUGGCUUGAUGGGACAGAAUGCUACAACCGAGAGGGUCGAUCGCGUACUGCAGGUGUUCACGGAGGCCGUCAAGUCAUUGCAACCAAACGUGCAGAUUAAGGGCAAGAUUUAGGCUAGUUUUAAGAGUACUUGUAGUGAAUAAAGAUGACUUACCCCAC